GCGCCACUGUCAACGUACGAUGCAUGGGUCGUCAAUAGUGCUUGGAAUAUAAUACGAAAUGACGUGUAUACAGUAUAACAGAUCCGAAGUCUGGGAACUUCUGGAGUGAAGUGAUAAGGAUGGCGUUGAAUGUAAAAGUUUACCAAAUCGAUCCCAGCGCUGGCUAGCGGCCGGUUUGUAAAGCACACUUCUCGAUAUUAAAAGCCUCGUCCCCACCAUUGGAGUUUGCAAACCUGUGCGAAGGUAGGUACAUAUGUAUGUACUACCGUCACACAGUUACACAAGCAGACGUCACGCCACACGAAUUGCGUCCGUCAAUUCCUACGUACGUAAGACAACGUUGGCAACGUCGCGACGCAGUCAGCAAUCGCUAUGAUACAGACGCAACGUGCGUCGAGCGAUUAACACGGACGUUGCCGCAUUCUUUGUGUUUCUAUGAGACUGGUCACACGAACGGCGAGUUAAUAUAUAUUAACCGUUAUAAUAAAUUAUGGACAUCGAGGUACUGAUAUCCGAAGUUGAGAAACAUCCCGUUUUAUGGGAUAUUUCCAAUCUCGAAUACAAAGACAAAUUGAAAAGAAACGAAGCGUGGUUGCGUGUGGCGAGUAUUGUAACCCCCAAUUUUAUGCAAAAGAUGGAAACUGAUAAGAAGAUCAUUGUGCAGGAGGUAACUUCUAAAUGGAGAAGCGUACGCGAUAAUUAUAUUCGUACUUUAAGAAAAAGAAACGGAAAUAAUAAGUCAGGCUCUGGUGCAAAAAAAAAGAUACGAUAUGUUUAUGAAGAACAAUUAGGAUUUUUGGAAAAAUGUCGGCAGCCACAAGAUACCAGUAGUAGCACAGAGGUAGAGAAGAAUGACCCAAUAAGUACAGAUUCAGGGACCAACAUUAGUAAUGGAUUUGAAUCAAUUUUUAAUAAUGAAGAAACGAAUAAUGAGUUCAGAUACCCUCCACGAGAAAAAACAAAAAGAAUUCAUGCAGAAGAGGAGGCGGCUAAUUUUUCGGAGUAUAAGAAAAAUACAAACGGCGACGACGACGACGACAUGGCAUUUUAUAAAUCAACAUUACCGCUAAUUAAGUCCUUUAAUUUAGAGCAAAAAAUGCAAUACAGAAUGCAAGUCAUGCAAUUAAUUCAGAAUAUUAGAAGUUCAUCUGUUCAACGCACACCAUCAAAAUAUAAUACGUAGCACAUGAAAUUGUCCGGUUAGAUAUUUUUAUGGUGCUUCAUUAUGAAAAUUUCCCUUUCUACCACAAAUUUUCAUGGUAGAUAUAACAGAAAAUUCCAUCAAAAAUAUAUCAUCAUAACAUUACUUAUUAUAAAUAUUAUUUUAUUAUUAUUAAUGCUAUAUUAAUAUUCAUUAUUGUUAUUAUCUUGUAUUCUAUAAAUUAUUAUCUUUUUAUUUAUCUUAAAUGUAAUGCUCUGUUACAUUAUUUUAUAUGUAUUAAUAUAGACAAUAUUUUUUCUAUUCACCUAGUUUGGUCUUCUAGUCGCCAUAUCAUUCUAACCUUUUCUAAGGUUUCGUACCCUUACGCAUUAUGCUUUGUUUCUUCUUCCUAAGUAAUUUGUCGAACGAUGACCGCAACAUACGAAAAUCACUUGCAAGUUACAGAGCGUGUGAAAUGUGCCUUUCAGUAGUCUUGAAUUGUUUAUAUGAUGCAGCCAGUACUUUCAUGUCUUGACUUAUAUUUUCUUUUGAAUUUUUAACGUAAACGAGCGUAAACGAAAAUCGAGAAUUCUACAGCGUUAAUUUUGGUCACAUGAAUAUCUUUCUCAGCGUAUUGAUGAGAGAAAAUUACGGAGAACCAAAGCAACGCUCGUGUGAGUACAGUUCUAACGUCCGUCAAAAUUGACGUCCGUUAUAACGCUCGUGUUUCCCCAGCUUUAUUUUACAAAAUAUCGAAGUAAUUGUUAAUAAAAUUAGCUUUUCUAAUUACCGCUUUAUACCAAAUUAUCCUUUAAAUCCUGUUAACCAUAAGUUAACUAUGUAUAUAUGUAUAUAUAGCGUGAGACCGACUGGUUGGUAAAACUAGAUAAACCUAUGUGAGAAGAUAACUUGAAAAUAUAGAAUAAAACUUUUUUAUAUAAAAAAAAAA